AUGUUACUGUUUCGUGGUCAUGAUGAGUCGAAUGACUCCAUUUCCAGAGGGAUUUUCAUUGAAACAUUAUCUUUGAUUAGAGAACACAAUGAGAGUAUUUAUAAUGUUACCUUAGAAAAGGCUCCGAAGAACAAUAAAUUGACAUCUCCAAAUAUUCAAAAAGAUAUUGUUGAAUGUUUUUCAAAAGAAAUAAUAAAGUCCAUUUGUGAUGAAAUUGGUAAGGAUGUGUUUGCCAUAUUAGUUGACGAGUCUAGUGAUGUAUCUAAAAAGGAGCAAAUGACUAUGGUUUUGAGAUAUGUUGAUAGACUAGAAGUUGUUAAGGAGAGAUUUAUUGGAGUUGUUCACGUGACGGAUACAUCUUCUUUGACUCUUCAAGCUGCCAUUGAUUCCGUAUUUACUGACAAUAAAUUAAGCAUGGCUCAGGUAAGAGGGCAAGGUUAUGAUGGAGCAAGUAAUAUGUGUGGUGAGUUUAACGGUUUGAAAGCGUUGAUCUUAAGAGAUAAUAAGUCAACAUAUUAUGUACAUAGUUUUGCUCACCAACUUCAAUUAGUGAUCGUGGCGGUUGCAAAGAAUCAUGAUGGUGCUCAUGAAUUCUUUGAGCAACUAGCUUUGGUGGUUAAUGUGGUUUGUGUUUCCUACAAAAGAAAGGAUAUCAUACGAGAGAGCUACAAAAAGAGAUUGCAAACGGAAAUUGGUACUGGUGAAACUGAAGCUGGAAGAGGGUUGAAUCAAGAGCUUUCUCUAAUUCAAGCAAGAGAUACAAGAUGGGGUUCCCAUUAUAAAACAAUCAUAAGUUUGAUGAAUUUGUUUCCUGAAGUUAUUGAGGUGCUUAAAUAUGUUGAAGAGGACAACUCAACUUUAUAUAACCGAAAUAAAGUGUACAAUAUUUUAUCAUAUUUUAAAACACUUGAUUAUGUGUUUUAUUUACACUUGAUGUUGGAGAUUUUAGGUCUCACGGAUACCUUGUCAAGACAUCUUCAAAGAAAAGAUCAAGAUAUUUUGGAAGCGGCUUCAUUGAUAAGAGGAACAAAGAAAUCAUUGCAAACUUUAAGAAAUGACGGGUUUGGUUCAAUUUUAAAGAAAGUAUAUUCUUUAUGUAAAAAACAUAGCAUUGAAACUUUGGAUAUGUCAGAAUAUUAUGUUACUCUAAGAAACCAUAGGACCAAGAUUUCUAAUCAGUAUCAUUUUGAGGUUGAGAUUUUUAACACGGUUUUGGAUAUGCAAAUUCAAGAAUUCGGGGAUCGAUUUAGUGAGGUAAGCACCAAAUUGCUAGAAAACAUGGCUGCUUUGAGUCCUUGUGAUUCAUUUUCUAAGUUUGAUAAAUCAAAGUUGCUGAAGUUAUGUACCCAGAUGAUUUUAGUGAUUCAGAAAGGACAUAUCUUCUUGGUCAACUUGAUAUCUACUAUCGCUAUUUGCUACAUGAUGACAGAUUUGCUAACUUGA